CGCUGAGCUUCCGACACGCAAUACUAUCCUGCAUAUGACGGCACGGUGCUGAGAUCCGUGAAUGAACGUGUGCGAUUAGAUAGGGUUUCAGUGGCUGAUUUGGCUGCAUCGAUUGUGUAUGAGUAUUACCCGCUCUUUCGUCGACCGCACACGAUGGAUCCACGAACCUGGUUCCGUGACCUCACGCCCUACUUGCUCUUCCUCAUCUUCGUGAGCACCCUCGGACCGUUCCUCUUCGGCUACCACCUCACCGAGCUCAACACCCCUCUCGAUGUCAUCACCUGCAAGCGAAAGUCCCUCCUCGGACCUGAUGCCGUGUCGUCGUCCACCCUUCCCCAGUGUAUCCCCAUGACAGCGGAGGAACUCGGGGUGGUGAGCUCCAUGUUUACCUUGGGUGGAUUUCUGGGUGCUUUGGUGGCCGGUACGGUCUCUACAAGCCAUGGGCGGAUGCAUGCAAUGCGACUCGCGGUCCCUUUCUCCAUCCUUGGCCCCAUCUUCGCGGCUCUCGCGCCGAAUAUCGCAACUAUGGCUAUAGGACGCUUCAUUUCAGGCUUGGGUUCAGGGGCUGCUAUGGUUUCCGUGCCAAUAUACAUCUCCGAGCUCUCCCCGCCGGCUGAGAAGGGGUUUUUCGGCGCCUUCACCCAGGUGAUGGUGAAUGUUGGCAUCUUUCUUGCACAGCUGCUUGGGUAUUUCCUGGCCUUUGGUCAGAUGUGGAGGAUUGUACUGGCUGCUGCUGGGCUGGUUGGAGUUGGGCAGCUGGUCGGACUGAUGUUCUCGGACGAAAGCCCGAAAUGGAUUGCUGCCAACGUAGAAGGGGGUGGGCCGAAAGCACGAAAGAUCUUGAGGAGAGUGAGAGGUGAGAGGUUCGAUAUCGACGGCGAAUUUAACAGCUGGGGCAUUGCUGCUGGUGAAGACGAUGAGGAACAAGAAUCUCUCUUGAAUUCGCCGGAUCAGCAACACCUCCCCUCAAACAAGAGCCAGUCCGGCCAGGGGCAUCUUGGGAUGCUACAAGCUUUGGCCAGCCCCCAGACCAGGAAGGCAGUGAUUGCUGUCAUAAUGGUUAUGCUUGCCCAACAGCUUUGCGGUAUCAACUCGAUUAUCAUGUACGGCGUUUCCCUCUUAUCCUCGCUCCUAUCUUCCUCCUCUGCCCUCCUCAACCUCGCCGUUUCUGCCCUCAAUAUCAUUGUCACAGCCGCCUGUGCCCCGCUCGUCGACAAGCUCGGUCGUAAGCCCUGCCUGCUCGGCUCUAUCUUCGGGAUGGGCAUUUCAUCUCUUGCUCUAGCCUUCUCCAUCGGCUAUAACAUCAAAGUCCUCUCCGCCGUCGCCGUCAUCCUGUUUGUUUGCUCGUUUGCGGUCGGGCUCGGUCCCGUCCCGUUCAUCCUUGCCAGCGAGCUGGCCGUCCACGAAGCCGUCGGCGCCACCCAAAGCUGGGCGCUCGCGUCCAAUUGGAUCGCCACCUUUGUCGUCGCUCAGUUUUUUCCCGUGGUGAACAAAGCGCUGGGUGAGGGACGGGUGUAUUUCAUCUUCGCGGCGUUUGCGGCCGGGUUCUUCCUCCUGGUCCUCACCUUCGUGCCUGAGACGAAGGGAAAGAAGUCAGCGGAGGAAGUUUGGGGACACGAGUCUGAGAGACGGGACGAUUGAACUGUAGCGUUUGGAAUUGGCAUUGGCGAGGAGUACAGGCCUGGGUAUAUUGGGAUUAGCAUCCAAAACGGGGUAGGCUUGUAGCAACAUCAGACAGUCUAACAGUAACUAUGCAAUAAUGCCAAUCAAAAUUCAUCCU